AUGUCUGCGUCAACCAUCUUGACUGGUCAUAGAGAGUCAUGGCUACGCAUUGCUGCUGACGCUGCUUCAUCUCUGUUGGAGUUUCAACAGUUGGAGUUAUUGCUGGUGGACUCUGUACGGAAAUCACAUCAUACUGGUCUUUUUCGAAGCAGUAGCACUGGCUCUGCUGCAGAUCAUGUUGCUUCUACAAACACCUCACCUGCUCGCCCUUCUAAACUACAGUCUACUUCUACUCUCCAAAAAUUUCUAGACGACUCUAUGGUACUGACAUGUUCAUCUUCUCAAAACAAGUCUUCACAUGCUACGUCAUCAUUCAAACAGGAAGACCAAUAUGAUGGCAGAGAAUCUCAGUACGAAGAUCAAGUGCAUUUGUCCAACUACACUCAAAGUGAGAGUUGUGAUGAUGAUACAAUUGAUUGGAGCGACGGAAAGGUUCCUGACGAAACACAUGAAGUGUCUGAAAGGAGUCUAAAUUCUGACCUCGCACACGAGCCACUAGUCAUUCAAUCUACACUACUAAAAAAACUCUUUCCCGCCAUGAACUCAUCUAUAAAGCAAACACCGUUGCAACACACUUCUCAAGCUUCCAACCCUACAUUAACAGAAAACCAGCAACUCAAGAAAAAACUCGAGAAUUUGGAACGUGAUAUCAAAAUACGUGACCAAACCAACAAGAGUUUGACACAGGAAAAUCGUAACCUUCAAAUUAAGUUGAACGAAAAAAAUUUGAACAAGAAUGAAUUUGAGCAAUACAGGCUAGAGCAGAUACGCAUUAUCAAUGCCAAGCAUGAAGAAAAUAUGCGUACGUUUAGAAAAGAGCGUUUGCUCUGGGAGCGAAACAAGAAAGCAACUGAGAUUCUUCCUAACAAAAGAGAGCGUCAGGAAAUAGACGCACUAAAGGCACAAUUAACUGAACAACUGAAAGUAUGGAAAGAUAAAGAGAUGCGAUUGCUGCAAACACAGGAUCGAUUAAAUCGCAAGGUGGGCGAACUUACCCGUCGCAACACGGAGUUGCUAGAGGAAGUCAAGACUCUGGAACAGGAACGAGCCAAUUUUAUACCUCACUUGACUAAUCAGUCUCACAGAACUCUUUUAGAUUCAACUCACUCUACAAUCAAAUCUGUUUCUGCUCAGCCAAAUCCUAAUUCUACAACACAAAUUCCACUUCGGACUACUAAAUCCACAUUAAUCAAAAGUGACAUGCCGCAAUCAUCCAUGCGAUACAAACCUGUUUCUUCAUCUGGAAAUACAAAUACCAAAGCUGUUCCUAGAGCACUAUUGAAGCCAUCCGCCACACCUGUUCAUCCGUCAAUUGAUGCUUUGAAUCGACUGGAAAAAACUUUGGGGUUGCCUAAAUGUAACGAGGAGCGAUCAUUCCCAGAAGGAAAACGCGAUCGACUUUAUGAAGGAGGUACUCGACUCGUGUGGCAUAUCAAUGGUACCAUGAAGCAGACACGAACAAAUGGACUUGAGGUUGUUUAUUUUUCAAAUGGAGAUUAUAAAACGAUGCAUCCCGAUGGACAUCUUGUAUAUUGGUAUAACGAGCCAAGGACGCUACACACCACACAGCCAGAUGGUGCAGAGAUUUUACAGUUUGAUAGUGGUCAGAUUGAGAAACGAUACUUGGACGGUACUCAACAAAUUAUUUUUCCAGAUCAAACCAUAAAAUACAUUUUUGCAUCACAAGAGGAAGAAGUUGUGUUUCCAGAUGGAAAGAUUCAACACACGGAUGCGCAAGGAGUGCGCACUAUUUAUUACCCGAAUGGCACAAAUGAGCUACUAUCUAAUGACAGUAGAGCCAAGUACUAUAUAGAUGGAGCGAUAAGCAUUGGUUGCCCCGACUCUACAGAUACUCUUGCGUACUAG